GUCAAGGGCACAGAAAUGUUUGUGUCAAAUGAAAAAGUAACAACAAAGCGUUUAGCUGAAAAAUGUCAACCCUGUGCCGUCUUUGCGCACAUGUGAAACAGUUUUCUAGGCCUAUAUGUGCCUCUAAAGAUGUAUGCAGAACAUUAUUAUCUGAUGCCUACAGAUGCCAUGAUGCCUGGAUGAACAGGCUACAGUCUCCUAUUUUAUCUAAAGUAGCAUUCAAUGAGUUUAUAUUAGAUGUGUAUAAUAAGUUUGAAAAAGGAAAAGGAAAUAUACUUGAUCUUGAUAUACUGGCCAAUAAAAUUGAGAAUGUGCAUGACAAAGAAGUGGAAUUUAUGGAUAGAAUUUUACAACAAUUUAGAGAGACUGCAGAUGGAUCACAAGUUAGUCGGUCUAUCAUUCACGGUAUUGUACGAGGAUAUAUAGACACUAACUUAACGGACAGUUUAUUACCAAUGAUAAAAGACAAGAUAACAUAUGGUUUACAUUUAGAUUUUUUAUCAGCUAAUAUUUUGAUGGAUCAUUUUAUAAAGAAAGAAAUGUAUCAUGAGGCAUCUCAAAUAGCUUAUGAUAUGAUGUUACAAGAAGAUUUCAGUAACCAAGUUACAUACUUACUAUCACUCUAUUCAACUACAAAAUUAUUAUAUCAUCCAAUUGAACAAGAAUCACCAAAUCAAGAGGCUGAAGAGGGUGAAGAAGAGGAAGAAGAAUGGGAAGCAGUUAAAGUAAUAGAUUACCCAUUCUAUGACGACCAUUUCAGUAUUCAGAGUGAGAGAUUUCUACAUGGGAAGACAUUAUAUAUGUUGGGUAAAAAGUUAGGUGGUGUAGAUGGAAGAUCAUUACAGUUAGUGGGAUUAGGGAUGUAUGACAAAUUCCCACAAGCCAUGAAAUUGUUGCAGGAAUGGAUGUCAUCUUCAGAUGGGACCAUUGUUGUACAGGAUGUGGUAACCAGAUUUGAUGACUUACUACAAAAUGCUUUAACGAGGGACUCAGAGGAAGCAGAAAAAGAUUUUGGACUUCUUAGAAUAGAAGAUGAAAUACAUAAACUUAAGCUUACCCCAACAGAAAAAGAAGAUUGUAUUAAAGAUUGGCAGGGAAUAAAAGAAAGACUUCAAAGUGAAAAUAAGAUAAGUUCUGAUGACCUGGAAACAAAUAUUUCAGACUAUGUAAACAGUGAAAUUUCACAGUAUGAACAAUCAGAUAUAACAGAAUUACAAUCCUUAAUUGUAUCUUGGGAAACUAGGAGACAAAACUGGUUAGAUCAACAGAUGAAAGAUUUUAUCAAGCAACAGAAAAUGGAUGAAAUUCAAGAGAAAAUAAUUGAGUUGGAAGAAAAGGAAGAACUAUUGUCAUACUAUACAUAUGAAAAUGAAAUAAAACUGGCAGGAUUAAGAGCACCAAUUCCUCACAAAGAACCAAAGAAAAAGAAAGUACUUGAUGAAGAUGAAAUUGAGGAGAGAAAAUUGGCAGACCAGAAGAAAAGAAAGAUUAAGAAAAAAUAGUUUCUAAAUAUUAAAAAAAUGCUAAAAAGAGUUCAUAUGAAAAUAAAAAAUAAAUAUAUCUUAAA